GAAGGCGUGUAUUUAAGAUGGCUGAAGGGAGAGAAGUCGGUUGCUUCGCGAACCAACUUGGCUUUGUUUGUCUCUGACAAUAAAGUCUAUCUUUUGGCAUCAAAACCUGAGACUGAAGAAUGUUUAUUACACACAAAGUGGGGAGAACCCACAACAAUUGGCAUCACGAACAGGAUAAGAAGAGGGAGCAGAAGACCACGGCGGGCUUGCUCGACGAACAACACAAAUCAGUGGCCACGUAAACGAUGCCGGGAGGUCUUAAAACAUGUUGAACAUCAUGUGGAUGAGGAAACGAUCGCACUUCAGUCGGAACUGGAGGCUGUGGAGAAGCAGAUCCAGGAUCUACUAGAGAAGCAGACACGGCUGCGAGAACGAAAAAUGGCGCUGGAAACAUCCAGAGCUGACGCUCGCAAAUCCGCGGUAAGUUUUCAUCGCGAUUUUAAUACUCCUUCCACUUCUACUCCGCGUGUUUCUCUGCACAGAGCCCAGGCUUCGAGAACACGGUCAGCCCAAAUGAACUUCACUCCUGCACCGGCACAACCACGGCGAAAGGCGCGAGCCAGGACUGGAGCGAUGACCCAACCGCCGCCACCGGUCUUCGAGAUCCCGACCAGGAACCGCUUUGCCGCCCUCUGCGAGACGGAAUGCAACGCUGUGGUCAUCGGAGACUCAAUCGUCCGGAACGUACCUGCGAUCCUGAAGGACGAUGCUAACGUCGGAGCUGUCGUGCUGCACGCGGGGGUGAAUGACGUCAGGAUGAGGCAGUCGGAGAUCCUGAAGAGGGACUUCAGGAGUCUGAUCGAGACGGUACGCAACGCAUCGCCCACGGCGAGGAUCAUCGUAUCAGGGCCGCUUCCUACCUACCGACGAGGGAAUGAAAAGUUCAGUAGACUAUUUGCUCUAAAUAAAUGGUUGAUGUCAUGGUGUAUUGAACAGAAGCUGCUCUUUGUUGAUAAUUUUGAUCUGUUCUGGGAGCGACCUAGGCUCUUCCGCCCUGACGGCCUGCACCCCAGCAGCAUCGGAGCGGUUCUUCUGUCUGACAACAUCUCAAAGACGCUACGCACCGCUUGACUACGUCUCCCAGCGGGAGAGAUUCCGCCAGACCCAGAUGAACGUCAUAUGCCCAUCCACAACUAGAGAUUACGCCAGCUACAUCUGAAAAUCCCGUGCCAUCCUCCUGCGAGAGCCUGCGGACUGACUGACCAUCCAGCUCCAUCCAAGGCAAUUCCAUCACCACCCAAGAAAAAGGCGACCAUCUGGCCGGCCCAGCUCAGACAAUUCCAUCCCCAACCGAGAGCAAAGACGGACUACCUGUCACAUAAAUGCUAAAUUUACAAUACUUGGUAUUUAAUGCUAAACUUACAUCACACGACAGCAGUUUGAAGUUAUGGCUGCACUCAGUGACUUUGAUUGGAGGUAGCUGGGUGGGUGUUGUAGGGAGUGGGGGGGCUUGUUGGUUGUGGUUCGGGGCGUUUCAUUUGUUGGGACUGUGUGGGUCUGGUCUGGUUGGUCUUGUUUUGUGGUCGAUGUCGGACAACAGAGGAAUAAAGUUAAUUAUGCCAUUACUACUUUUCCCUGGUUGUUCCUCUGUUGUCUGUUGUUGAUCACGGAAUGGGACCGGGUUGGACCUGCACGGUUUCGGCGGGUGGGGCUUCCUGGGUCGCGGCUCGUGGGCUCUCCCUGUUCUUCGUGGACGUUGCUCGGUGGCUUUGGUCGGGGUCACUGAGUGCAGCUAUGACACGUCAGAGGAGAUCUGGCCCUCCCGGCUGAGCCUGGUUUCUCCCGAGGUUUUUUUUUCUCCAUUAUUCAGCAUUGGAGUUUGGGUUCCUCGCCACAGCAGAGCAGUGCAGUGUUGGCUUGCUCACCGGGAGACUGUAUUUAUUUAUUUAUUUAUUCAUUUAUUUAUUAGAUAUUAUUUAUUAUAAUGAUCUUGCUUGGUCUAUAAACACCAUGCACUGUGCUGUGUUUUACCUUUCUGUGUUUUUCUUAUUUGCUCCUGUAAAGCUGCUUUGGAACAAUGCACAUUGUAAAAAGCGCUAUAUAAAUA